AUGUCGAGCUCGGCGGGCAAAUGGCGCGAGGAGCAAAUCCUCGUCAUCUGCCCCGGCAGCAGAACCACGAUGGCGCAGCUGGGCUGCGCCGAGUUGACACCCCCGACUCGCCGACUGCCCACGAGAAUGUUCAGGGACGGGCGCGGAUGGCGACCGUACCACACGUUCAAGCGAACAAAGGUGGUCGGCGGAGUGCGAACCGAGGAAUGGGUUGAAGACGUCGACCAAGACCGAGGCGCUGUCUGGCCAAUCCAAGGCGGCCGAAUCGUCCAGAUGGAUGCCUUUUUGGCCUUUCUCGAACACGUCCACGGCUUGCUCACGACGACGUACCACAACACGCCCAUCAUGCUCAUGGCCUCGCCGCAGUGGACGCGGCCCGACUGCGAGGCCAUUGCGCAGUACGUCUUUGAGAAGACGCGCACGCCUGCGCUGUGCAUGAUCCACAGCGGCAUCGCGACCCAGUACGGCCUCAAGUGGCCCAGCAUGACCGUCGUCGACAUUGGCUACGAAAAGGUGGACGUGACGGCCAUCCACGACGGCCGAGUCGUCAACCAGGGCGACGUGCGGUCCGCCGGCCCCGGGAGCCGGAUCAGCGGCGGCGAGGUCUUCACCCAGCGCCUCGUGAAGCUCCUGAAGGGCAGGCACUUUACCCACGACAUGGCGGAGCAGCUGAAGAGGAGCAACAUAUGCGAGGUUCUGCCGUACGCGGCUGGCGAGAAGGGGCUCGUCGAGCUGCCCCAGGAUAACCUCGUCUCUACCGCCGCCGCCUCUGCCGCCUCUGCCGUCUCCGCCUCUGCCGCUGCCUCUGCUGCCGCUGCCUCCGCCUCCGCCGCCGCGGCGGAUGCCCGAAAGCCCCCCGAGCUCGCCAAGCCCGCGGAAGCCGCUGCCGCCGAGGAGAAUGGCGAGAAUGGAGAGAAUGGCGAGAAUGGCGAGGCGAAUCCCGGCGCCGAGGAGGAUGGAGUCUUGGACGUCGCGGCCAUUGUCACCAGCGGCCAGACCAAGGAAUUCCUGGCCAAGAAGGAAAAGGAGAAGGGGAAGCCCGGGCGAAAACCCAAGGCGCAGCAGGAUGCCGACGCCGGGCCAGCCAAGCCAGCCCGGCUUCCAAAUUCCAAAAGGAAGCUCAACACGUUUUUCUACGAGCAAGUCAUCCAGGAGCUGGUGCCGCCCGAGGCCAAGCAAAACGGCGCUGCCGAGCCCUCGGCCGAGACGCAGCCGCCUAGCUUGCAACAACAACAACAACAACAACAACAACUAGUGCAGCCGGCAAAGGAGGUGGGCGAGAGUGGCGCAGCCGCGAUUCCAUCCGCCGCCGCCGCCGCUCCAGCCGUUGGAGUUGCAUCCGACGAGCCGCAAGAGACACCCGAGAGGACCAUGGACGAUGCCGCGUCCUCUGCUGCCCAUCUCUCUGCGCCGCCACCCGCAGCAGCAGCAUCAUCAGCAGCAUCGGCAGCAGCAGCGAAAGAAGCACCCUCCGACGAGGCACCCAAGCCGGAGCCCGCCAUUCCCGCCGUCCCCGCCGUCCCCGACACCCCCGAGUACCGACCGAAGCGCGUCCGUCGCGACAUUGAAGUCGGCCUCGAGCGUUUCACCUUUGCCGACCGGUCCGAAAUCGACCGCAUCGUCACGGCCAUCUACCGCACCAUCCAGGGCAUCGACGACAUGUACAUGCGCCCGCCGUGCUGGGACAACCUCGUCUUUGUCGGCAACGGCGCCCGCCUGCGCGGCCUGCGGGAGAACAUCCUGCAGACGCUGCACGCGCGGCACCUCGUGUCGCCCUCGACCGCCACCAUGUUCACGUCGGAGCUGCCCUCCAACGUGGCCACCCCGACCGGCACGGGGUCGCAGACGCCCACCGGCUCCUUCACGGGGGUGCCUCACCAGCUGCCCGCCAGCGGCGUCAACCCGCUCCUGCAGGCCGCCACCACGGCCAGCACCCUCGGCGUGGGGGCCGCCUCCGCCUCCGCCUCCGCCGCCGCCGCCGCCGUCGCCACGCCGCAGCCCGGCUCGGACGCCGCCGGCCCCGCGGCCCACCACUUCCACAGCCAGACGCCCACGAGCAUCAAGCUGGCCGCCCUGCCGACCUACCUGAGCGAGUGGACCAAGAACGGCUUCGAGGAGGCCAUGUUCCUGGGCGCCCAGGUCGCCGCCCGGAUCGCCUUUAGCCUGCAUUCCAACAUGGACGCGCAGAGCGUCGAGGCCCAGCGCCUCAUGAGCCUCAGCAGAGUAGACUACAAGUAA